AUGGUCUUUGCGAAUCGCCGGACAGAUCGAGACGCGGCCAACGCUGCCUUGGAAACAUUCAGGAGGCUAUUAAGUGCGGUGAUUGAACUCAGGAAGAACAAAGAGUUGAUCGUGGUGGUCGAUCAUGUGGACCAGUUGUCUGGAGAGCCUCUAGCUUCGUUGAGAACAACGCUGCAGGUGAUUCAUGAAAUGAUGGAUUCUCGACUGGCCACUAAGCUUCAUUAUGUUCUCGUGGGUAAACCGAUACGAGAGAACAAAGCUCUUAAGGGAUUUGCUAUCGUUGAUGACAAUACAGAAGCGCGUGAGAUUCGACGAUAUGGAUCACUUGAAAAUCGACCCAUGACGACGGCGGACAUACGCAAAGGGCUUCGCUCUGGAAAAGGUCCUAGUCUCGGCACCCAUACUCGCAGUGAGGUUGAAGUUUCUAUUAGGAGCCGACAGAUCCCAGCAGGCUCACUUCUCAGCCAAUUUAACGUAUCUCAAGAUUUGCAGAGUGUGCAGACUGAUCAAACCGCGAGUAUACUCGCAAGAGCCGAGUAUCAGGCGCGUGAGCGUGACCAAAUAUUCCCAGAUCGACAAAGGGCACUCGCUCGGCGCAAGCGAUAUCCUGAUACAGUAAUCAUCGACAGCGAGCAUGUGACCAUUGUCAAAGAUCUUCGAGUUGGGGACUGGGGUCUGAGGGGACUGUUGGUCGAAGUCGACGGAAGCUCCCUUUGGGACUUGAUACACUCUUCUCGAAACGAUGAUCGAGGAUGCACGUCGUCUUUGCAUAAGAAGUCCGAUUCUCUUUACGAUGUCCGCGAGAGUACGCAUCAUCAAUUCCGAGAACACUCGUUAUGGACUCAACCAUGGACCAAUUUCAAAACCCUGACCACCAGCAAGGGUAUCAAAGAGAUUAUCUCGCUCAGCGCAGCAUCUUACGCUUCUCUGGAUCCUACCGUUGUUGAUCUUGAAGGUCUUCCUUUGUUGUCGAUCAACCCGCGGGUAUUCUUGAGCGCGUUCGUGCCCGCCAUCGAUGGAUUUCCACUAGAAAGUGGCAACACUAACAUAGAUGAAGACCACAGCAAUAUCUGGAAUAUGUUCAUGAGGAGAGAUCCCGAAGAUGGCUAUCUCCUUCCCGGGACAGUCGACGAUCUCGGCCGGAAAUGCCUCUCAUGUACUGUCAAGUGGCCAGACGAGGGCUUCAGAUCCACAUCAAUCUUCAACACUCUGCAAUACGCAGGACGUCUAGGAACGAUCAACGACAUCCCUCCCGUCGAGGUUCACCCUAGAUCGGAUUGCACUGAAUUGACUGUUGUCAUGGCCGACGACAGCAGAUAUGUCAUUAGUCCCCGAGACCUCGAUAACAUCAUUUAUAUGUCACCAGGGAGAUAUCCAGUGCAAGAGACCGUGGGGGGGAAUGGUGUAUGA